AAAUGGCAUGGAAAAACCGUAGUUUAUCAACGCUCAUUAUUUUAUGUACAUAGUGAUUUACAUUUAAUCAAAAUAUCGGCCUCUAUACUCAUGUUUUCAGAUAACACAUCUUUAUAGAUAAAAACAUCAUCACAAAGAAAAAACUCGCCCUUGUCUUACCGCUGCUGUCAUUUCUUCAGAUAUUACUUCUAUCAUCCGUUCGUCUGCUACGGUGCAAUUGAAGUUGCCGACAAUGGCAACUCUGAUGGAAAAAUUUGUUGUGACAUGUUUACUUUGCUCGCUAGUUCUAAUUACUUACAAAAGCUUAUUCGGACACAAUAGAAGAAGUAUUUCGACCUUCGAAUCUCCACAUGGACAAUGGAGUCCGGCAACUUCUGACUUGCUGGACGGCUGCUACCAUGUUUACCUGGAUGUUGGCACAAAUGUUGGUGUUCAAGUGCGCAAGUUGUUCGAACCGAGCAGGUAUCCGGAUGCAUCUGUGCUCAAAGUGUUCAAAAAAGAGUUCGGACAAUCAAGGUCUACAAAUCUUGCUUCUAAAUCAGUUUGUGCCGUUGGUUUUGAGCCCAAUGCGCAGCACACGAGACAUCUGCAAGAAUUAGAAAGAACAUAUAAGAAGUGUGGAUACUCAGUUCACUUCUUCACAGAAACUGCCGUUUCCGAUCACAGCGGAACGGCUACAUUUUACGCUGGCUCAGACAACAGUAGAAUUGACGCUGCAGGUGGAAUUAUGCACCCAAGUAUAUCAAAACAGGCCAGAUUACGCGCCACAAAAACCCGAAAAACAAGCACCCAAGUUAUGCUGGUAAGACUGGCCGAUUUCUUGCGAGACACCGUAGCUAAACGUAGAAUUCCAGAAGUCGACCCGGAAAGACCACCUCGUGUCGUGAUGAAAAUGGACAUCGAAGGAUCCGAAGUGGAAGUCGUUGCAGACUUGAUCUCGUCUGGAUCCAUUCGGUUCGUUAACGUAAUGAUGGCCGAAUGGCACGAGAGGUACCAGCUAAAACCCGAACGUCUUCAGUUAAGUACAGAGUUGAAAGCUUUAACAGAGAACCACACUGCAAUUUGCUCAAAAACUAACAUUCUCUCUCAGGACUCGAAUGGUUGUGAUUUCGAGAAUAUAGAAAUGGACGAUGAAACAUACGCAUCUUCAGAAAUCCCAUUGCCAAAGUGUUGACGCAAAACUUAUCCAGCAAGCUUAUUAAUCCUUUUAAACUCAU